AUGGAUGCCGAGGCAGCGGUCGCAGAGGUGCCGGCCACUGAGGAGGCCGCCGCGGACGUACCGGACGACGAGGUCCCUGCCGUGGACCCGACGCAGGCCAUCCUGGUGGAAAUCCCUUCGGCCGUUACCGCGCUUGCUGAGCCGUUGCCGUCCGCCCCUCGUCGUCCAGGCGGCAUCAUGAUCCGCUCGAUAAGCAUUUUGUUUUUACUGUACCCUCGUUUUAUUUUCAGAAUUCCGCCGCCUGCGUUGACCGAAUUUUUUGCUUCCAGCCUCCCCGGUCGUCACCGUCGCUACCUGCGGUUGCGGUAA